GGAGGGUCCGGAAUAUUCCUGGUGAAUGAUUCAUCCGAGGGGCUGGCAUACAGUAGGUGCUUAAUUAAUGCCCCCCCUCGCUACACUCCCUGGUCUGACAACUCAGUUUCCCGGGACAACAGAACCUCAAAAACCUCGCUUGAGAAAAGAUGGUUUAGCUGAAAGAGAGCCACAUCUGGGGCUCCCGAGAGAUCUAAAAGGAUAUGCAGAAGGAGCCAGGCCAGAACAAUUCGUGGGAGCAGUAGGGACCAACGUAGAAGCCGCCACCCUCCAUAGGACAGCUGCAGAAAGCAAUUUCCUUGACCAGUUGAUGAUAACUACAUACAAAGAGGAAGAGCUCUUCUCGUAUUUGGAACUGAAAAAGAGGCACACAACAAGCAAACAAGCUGAUAACAGGGAUUUAGCCACACAAAGCAACUUCCAGCAUAUAACCUUGGCCCCAGAGUUUCCUAUCUUGGAGAAGCAGAACUGGUUGAUACAUCUUCAUUACAUCCGCAAAGACUAUGCAGCAUGCAAGGCUCUUAUCAAAGAACAGCUUCAGGAAACUCAAGGCUUAUGUGAAUACGCCAUCUAUGUCCAAGCUUUAAUAUAUCGCCUCGAAGGGAAUAUCCAAGAAUCCCUAGAACUCUUUCAGUCUUGUGCUGUUCUCAAUCCUCAGAAUGCUGACAACCUCAAGCAGGUGGCCAGGUCCUUAUUUCUUUUGGGAAAACACAAAGCUGCUAUUGAAGUAUAUAACGAAGCAGCUAAACUUAACCAGAAAGAUUGGGAGAUCUGCCACAACUUAGGAGUUUGCUACAUGUACCUGAAACAUUUCAACAAGGCAAAAGACCAGUUGCACAGUGCCCUACAGCUCAACAGACAUGAUCUGACUUACAUAAUGUUGGGGAAAAUUCAUCUGCUGGAGGGGGAGCUAGAGAAGGCGAUUGACAUUUAUAAGAAGGCAGUGGAGUUCUCACCGGAAAAUACAGAACUUCUUACAACCCUGGGACUACUCUAUUUACAGCUUGGCAUUUACCAGAAGGCAUUUGAACAUCUUGGAAACGCACUGACUUUUGAUCCUACCAACUACAAGGCCAUCCUAGCAGCAGGCAGCAUGAUGCAGACCCACGGCGACUUUGAUGUUGCUCUCACCAAAUACAGAGUUGUGGCGUAUUCUGUGCCCGAAAGUCCCCCAUUAUGGAACAACAUUGGAAUGUGCUUCUUUGGCAAGAAGAAGUAUGUGGCGGCCAUCAGCUGUCUGAAGAGGGCCAACUACUUGGCGCCAUUCGACUGGAAGAUCUUGUACAACCUGGGACUUGUUCACCUGACCAUGCAGCAGUACGCCUCCGCCUUCCACUUUCUCAGCGCCGCCAUCAACUGCCAGCCCAAGAUGGGGGAGCUCUACAUGCUCUUGGCAAUUGCUUUGACCAAUCUGGAAGAUACUGAGAAUGCCAGCCGAGCCUAUGCAGAAGCGGUCGCCCUGGACCAGUCUAAUCCUCUGGUGAAUCUGAACUAUGCUGUGCUGCUGUACAAUCAGGGAGAGAAGAGGAGGGCCUUGGCCCAGUACCAGGAGAUGGAGAAGAAAGUCACCCUGCUAAAGGGGAGCAGCUCUCUGGACUUUGACCCCGAGAUGGUGGAAAUGGCUCAGAAAAUGGGGGCAGCUCUGCAAGUUGGAGAAGCACUGGUCUGGACUAAACCAGUUAAAGAUCCCAAGUCAAGGAAUCGAACAAGUUUGACCAACAGGUCAUCCAGUUUCCAGCAGCCCUUGGGUUCCAACCAAGCUCUAGGGCAAGCAAUGUCUUCAGCAGCCAUGUUUGGGAGAGCCACACAGCUCCCUGCAGGUGCUGGUGGGCCACCUCAGUUUGCAAAGCCUCCUUCCCUUCCUCUGGAGCCAGAGACAGAUCCAGCUGAAGCCAUAAACUCUGAGACCCAAGAACAAAAAGAGACACAGAAAAGCAAGGCGGCCCCAGAAUAAAGAUUUCUCCCUUGGAAAGAACGCGGCAGAUUCAGACAGAGCAGGACAGUAUAACCACAGCAGAUUGGUGUCCUAUGAUGACAACCUUUAGCUACGGCCUGCAUCUUGAUGGAAAUCCUCAAACCCCGAGGCUGUGCAGUGUAGCAACCACUGAUUUCUGACCUGCUGUUAGAAUAGCUGCCCUCCAGGCCCGGAGCAAGCGUCCCAGCCUCACCUGCCCCGGGGAAUCUGGAACAUGGCUCCAAGCUCAGCUCAGGAGAGCUUAGAUCAUGUUGUCCUGACUACAGAUCCAGCAGCAACAGGAGCUCUUGCUGAAUGAAAAGAGCUGCUCAGAGUGAGUUUUUAUUUAAGGCAAUCACUGACCAUUGUCUAUUUGUAUAUUCUUGAUAGAAUAAAGAUUAUGUAUUGUCA